CGGAGUGGAUGGUGGAUAAACCUAGUUGCUCGAAGCCCCCACCCUCCACCCCAAACGCCUAACCCGCUCCGCUCGCCGCCGCCACUCUCCUUCCCGAGUGCCAGCGCCACCACUCUGCUCCCCGCGACCACCAUCCCCGCCGCCACUCUCUUUCCCCAGCCCCAGCGCCACCACUCUGCUCCCCACGGCCACCAUCCCCGCCGCCACCUCCCCGUCGCCACCAACCCACAACCCCCUAUGGCUAGUUCAGGAGGCAGGACGGGGUCCGGAGAAGACGUAGAGCGGGGUGACUCCAACAAGUCAGGCGAGUCGAGCUCCGGUACAUCUGCCUCUUCUGCCACAAGCGACGGUAGCGGGAACAAGAAGAAGAAAAAGACUCUGCCUCUGGGGAAAUUCCAUAUUGAGGUGGAAAGCGCACAUCCUCAAGGUCGGUCUGCGGUUGCUCAAACUCGCGCUCGCACUGCCGAUCCUACUCCGCAGACUCGGCGUCCGAAUUACAAGAGUAAAGAGGAAUUCCAAGACGAAUUCCCCCUCCUUGGGGCUUCGCCUGCAUCUUCAUCACGCAAGCAAAAUGCUCAUGCAGCUGCACAUCCUCCCGAGUCUGAUCGUCUGCUACCCCGUGAACAAGUCACGGAAGGGGUGGCUCAGCUGCAGCCCGGGGAUCAGCUCAUGGAAGAGGCGGCUCAUCUGCUGCCGCAGGAACAACAGAUGGCUCGUCUGAAGGCCGUGGCUGCUGAGCUGGAUCGUCUGAAGGCCACGGCUGCUGAGCUGGAUCGUCUGAAGGCCCGUGACGACCUCAUGGAAGAGCUUGCCGCUGAAGGCAGUGCAGGGCUGAAAGCUGAGACUAACGUGCUGCUGAAGGAAUUUGCCCACUUGCUUCAAACCUACAAGAUGAAAGGGCGCAUCAGUUUCUAUGGAUGUAGAGCGUUGCCAAUGGUUCCGAGCAAUGAUUUCGACUUCGUAGUUGAUUUCAAUCAUGUUCUCGAUGAAGGAUACAUUGACCUGGCAGUAAAGAUUGUGAAGGAAAAGAAUGCUCGCCGUGGCACUGGAUGGCUACUAAAGACCACACUUGAUUUUCUCAAGACACAGCGCUUGCUAGAUAGAGAUAAUCUUCUAGGUGUAAUUUUGGAAUUUGACAACUUGCCUGAGACAAUGAAGCCGUUCUCUGAGUAUGAUUCUGCCGAUCUCAUGCAAAGAGAUAUGUCUCCGCUUGGUGUUGAGCACAACUUGGUGAUGGCCAUCUUUAUUGGGAGGCAGAUCUACAUCAGAGGUCAGGAGCACAUGCUUGAUCAGCACGAUGCUGGCAAAACCUGGGGAGGGCAUUUUGAACAGAAAGACAUCUACGUAAUUCAGUACAGUCGCGCUAAUAUCUCAUGCCGGAUAAGACCUAGUGACAAAAACCUGCCUUGCAGCGCUGAAAACAGAGUUUUGGAUAUUCAGAAGUUGCAUCAGUCCAUGGUCAGUAAGUAUCAGAUUGAUGGCCACUAUCCUGCUCAUUUCAACUGCCUGAAGUUAGAUAUGGUUAAUUUAAAUGCUACCUCCAUAGAUGCAAGUGUAGUAGUGCAAUAUCUUCCAUACCAUGUGGCAUUAAUGCCACAAGGGGCAAUUAAGUUCAUGACAGAGGCACUUUAUGAUGCUACUGAGGGUGUCCGGAUGAACGAUGAGGAUUUCAAGAUCUAUAAAGCUGUGUUUGAGGCACCACCGAGUGGCGAAGAAGAUUGGAGGAUGGAGUACAGCAAUUCACCAGAUCCGUUGGUGAGAGGAGUUUACCACCAUGACAAUGAAACUGUCGAGGAGGUUCUGAAGAACAACACUGAUCUGGAGAAUACGAGGUCUGCUGCAGUGCAGGGGAACAGGAGGUCUGCUACGGUGCAGGCGAACAUGAGGUCUGCUGUGGUGCAGGGGAGCAUGAGUUCUGUGGGGGGGACGUCCACUGGAAGUGUGAGAAGUAAAUUCCAACGGACGAGGAAAGGAAAACUGAAUUUCAAACGUCAUUUGGGUGUUCAUCUGCAUAGCCACAUGGCUGAAAAAAGACCACUGAAGGGCUUGUUUCAGGGGGAGGUCUACUCGUCUACAAAAAAUAAUAUUCUUGGAGAUAUCUUCAGCGAGUUGUUCAAAGGCCCCACAAUGAAGCUUGAGACACAUCUUGGCCCACUGAUGAAGCUGUACCGUGGAAUGAGAGAUAUUGAUGAUGAAUGAUGACUUAGAGCUGAAGUCUGUUGAUGAUGAUGGCCAGAUGUAGAGUGACUUCAUGAUUAUGAUCCAGAGCUGUAUUGAUGAUGACUUAGUGUUUGGAUGAGUUAGGUUCAGAGAGUAGUUUAACAUACAAUAGAGUUGAGGCCUUUGUAGCUUUCUAUUUUGUGAGUCGGUUGCAUGCUGUAGUGGUGCUAUGGAUGUGGUAUCAGUAGACAGAGUAACUCAAGGGGAAGAACAGAUUGAUAUCAGUAGCUCCAGCGGUCUAGUGCCCUGCCCCGCCCCGGGUUCAAAUUCCCUGCUGGUGCAUCUUUUGUCGAUUAUUUUUGCCCCCUACGCUUUA